AGGGAAACAAAUGAACCUCGUCAUCUCAGAAAAUUAUGUUAUUUUAAGCCUUACAAGUCGAAUUAAUUAGUUUAAAGAUGCAAAAUAGUAUUCUCAAUCUCAUCGGAAGACAACACGGGAAUUAUUUUUCCCGAAAUUAUGACACAACACUCUGUAGAUUAGCUGCACACGAGACAGAUUCAUGGAAGGGCGUUGCUCCGUCGACACACGGGCCUCUUUAUAAUCCAGAGCCUCCCGUUCUUGCCGCCAAAUUUGCAAAACAAACCGGCAACCAACACAUCAUCGCAAUUGCUAAUGAGGAUGGAAUGGUUGCAGUUCAGAACGUAAAUCACAGAAAUUACGAUAUAGCUUCAGGCGAAAUCCCUCUCGAUGGUGUGCAAUGUCAUUAUAACGCUGUUUUCGAUGUCGAAUGGAUGCCGAAUGAAAUGAAGCUCGUUACCGUUUCAGGAGAUCAUUCGGCGAAAUUAUGGCAAUUGACGGAAAGUAAACUCGUUGAAACUCGAAUCUUUCAAGGUCAUUUCCGAUCUGUGAAAACAGCAGCAUUUCGUAAAACAGACUCUGCCGUAUUUGCAACAGGAGGGAGAGAUGGUUCAAUUUUGAUUUGGGAUACGCGAAGUGCUCAUAGUAUGGAAUCCGCAUCACGAGCUGAUAAUUGCAUUUUUAGCGGGCAUGCAGGAGGACAACCAAAUACGCCGCAAUCGCAUCGAAAACGCUCAGGAAGUCGUCAAAGCACGCCAAAAUUACCGGCGAACGUUAGUUCGAGCAGUAUCACAGGUUUGGUCUUUCAAGAUGACAAUUCGUUGAUUUCGUGCGGCGCUGGCGACGGAUUGAUCAAAGUUUGGGACAUGCGACGCAAUUAUACGGCUUUCAAAAAAGAACCAAUGCCAAAAUAUAGUCUUCCGUAUGCUGGCACGAGCACUUUUGUUGGAUUCACAAAUUUGUUGGUUGAUAAUGCGGGAAUUCGAUUGUAUGCAAGUUGUAUGGAUAACACGAUUUAUUGUUACAAUAUCUCGACAUACACGCAACCGUUGGUGCAAAAAUACACAGGAGCUGAUAUUGGAUCGUUUUACAUCAAAGCUUGUUUGAGUCCUGAUGACAAAUAUUUGAUCAGCGGAAGUAGUAGCGAAAAAGCGUACAUUUGGAAUGUUGACUACCAAAAUCCUCUUGUUACCCUAAAUGGACAUACGCAAGAAGUAACUUGCGUGGCAUGGACUCAAAGUAGGGAGAAUGCAAUUGUUACAUGUUCUGAUGAUGCGAGACACAAAAUUUGGCGCAUUCCGCGUGAAGAAAUUACGAGCGAUAUUUUAGCUUUGAAAUAUCGAGGCGUUGCUGAACCUUGUCCUGAUUACCGUAAAAGUACGAAAAUUCCUGUUAAAACAACUUUUACGCCUCGUUCGGGUAGAAAAUUCAUCCGAUAUGAAAGAACUCCAACAACUACAACGCCCUUUGAACGACGAACCAACAGCACUAAGAGACCUUAUUCAACUAUUUGUGAUGAAGACGAACCAACGAAUCCCGAUCCAAAACGCGUUAAUACCGAAAAUGGCGUGAUUUCAAAGGGGCGACGUUUAUUCAGUCCUCUUGCAAGCACUUCUCGUCAAGCAGGCGGCAUUCAAUGUUUAGACAUAACAAAAGGACUUCAAAUAAUCUUUGAAGAAAAUGAAAUUCCUACCUCACCCUCAACUUCCAAACCUCGAACAUCUCCAUUAGCUGAACGAGUAAAUGCAAAUUUACUCUUGUCACCCGACAUGAAUGGAGCAGUUCCCUUUUCUCCAACAAGUAACUUGCCCAAUUUCGUCGUUGAUGGCGAAGCGCCUCAUUUGCGAGUUUCUAGUCCGAAACGUAAACUCAAAGAGAACGUUGAUUGGCUCACGAAGAUACGAAAACAGAAAAUUUUGAGUUUAGGUACGAGUGAAAAGACGUCAGAGGAGACAACGUCGCAAAUUGCUACAACGCCAACUUCGAAAACGCCCAAAAGACGACAUUCCGGAUACCAUGAUAGUCCAACGUCGCAUAAUCCAAAGACGCCUCGGAGAUCGUCGACGGCGGAAACGAGCAUCUUGAGAUUCCUGACAGUGACACCCACGAGUCGCAAGUAGACUGAAAAGAUUUUUAAGGAGACGAUAGAUUAGAUUUAGAGAUAAAAAAGACAGGUAUUGAUUUUUUAUAGAAGUUUAUUCACAAAUAAAAGAAGAAAAAUAUAAA